UUUGAACUGGACUUUUUUUUUGGUGUGGUGAUGUGACGUCAUAAUGCUGCGUCGCGCUCCUGCAUCUGUUGUGAUUCUGCUGAAGAAAGAUGGCGUUUAUUAAAGGGGAGAGUGAAGACGUGAAGAUUGAAGAAACGUUCAGAGUGAAACAUGAAGAGACUGAGGAACACACAGACCUGAUGCCACUGAAAGAGGAUAGUGAAGUACUGAAUGAAAUGGAGAGAGCUCAGUAUGAGAAACAUGAUUCCACAACUGGAGAAAAACGGUUUAGUUGUUCACAGACUGAGAAAUAUUCCUCACAAAAAAGAGCUCAACAAACAGAAACUAUAAGUUAUUUCAUCUGCCCUCAUUGUGGAAAGAGUUUCACUAAAAAAGGAACCCUUAAUGCCCACAUGAACAUUCACACUGGAGAGAAGUCUUUCACCUGCCAACAGUGUGGAAACAGUUUCAAUCAAAAAGGAAGCUUUAACAGGCACAUGAGAAUUCACACUGGUGAGAAGCCUUACAUCUGCAAACUGUGUGGAAAGAGUUUCACAACAGAACUAAACCUAAGGUAUCACGUGAACAGUCACACUGGAGAGAAGCCGUUCACAUGUGAUCAGUGUGGAAAGAGUUUCAGACACAAAGUAACCCUUAAAAAGCACCUGAGGACUCACUCAAGAGAAGACUGUUGUAUAUGUCAUCAGUGUGGAAUGAGUUUCACAGAUAUAAAUCAUCUUACGGCGCACAUAAUAACUCACACCGGAGAGAAGCCUUUCAUGUGCUAUCACUGUGGAAAGACUUUCUCAAACAAAACAAACCUUGAGGUUCAUAUGAGAGUUCACACUGGAGAGAAGCCUUUCACCUGCCCUCAGUGUGGAAAGAGCUUCAGAUUUAAAGGAAACCUUCAGACACAUAUAAGAGUUCACACUGGAGAGAAGCCUUACACAUGUAUUCACUGUGAAAUGUGUUUCACAUAUCAAAGGGACCUGAAGCGUCAUUUGCAAACUCAUUCUGGAAUCGAGGGUUCCUCAAUCUGGCAAGAAGUUUAGAAAAAUAAGCAAUUUCAAAGUCAUUUGUGCAUUCACUCUGGAAGAAG